AUCACUCCACGUCAGACAGAACCGGGCGGAGCGGCCAACAUGGCGGAACGCAGGCGACACAAGAAGCGGAUCCAGGAAGUUGGUGAACCAUCUAAAGAAGAAAAGGCUGUAGCCAAGUAUCUUCGAUUCAAUUGUCCAACAAAGUCCACCAAUAUGAUGGGUCAUCGGGUUGAUUAUUUUAUUGCUUCAAAAGCCGUGGAUUGCCUUUUAGAUUCAAAAUGGGCAAAGGCCAAGAAAGGAGAGGAAGCUUUAUUUACAACUCGGGAGUCUGUGGUUGACUACUGCAACAGGCUGUUAAAGAAGCAGUUCUUUCAUCGAGCACUAAAAGUAAUGAAAAUGAAAUAUGAUAAAGACAUAAAGAAAGAAAAAGAUAAAGGAAAAGCUGAAAGUGGAAAAGAAGAAGAUAAAAAAAGCAAGAAAGAAAAUAUAAAGGAUGAAAAGAUAAAGAAAGAAAAAGAGAAAAAAAAAGAUGGCGAAAAGGAAGACUCCAAAAAGGACGAUACUCCAGGAACUCCCAAAAAGAAGGAAACUAAGAAAAAAUUCAAGCUUGAACCACAUGAUGAUCAAGUUUUUCUCGAUGGAAAUGAGGUAUUUGUGUGGAUCUAUGACCCAGUUCACUUCAAGACAUUUGUCAUGGGAUUAAUUCUUGUGAUUGCAGUGAUAGCAGCAACUCUCUUCCCACUUUGGCCAGCAGAAAUGAGAGUAGGUGUUUACUACCUCAGUGUGGGCGCAGGCUGUUUUGUAGCCAGCAUUCUUCUUCUUGCUGUUGCUCGCUGCAUUCUGUUUCUCAUCAUUUGGCUCAUAACUGGAGGAAGGCAUCACUUUUGGUUCUUGCCAAAUCUCACCGCUGACGUGGGCUUCAUUGACUCCUUCAGGCCUCUGUACACACAUGAAUACAAAGGACCAAAAGCCGACUUAAAGAAAGAUGAGAAAUCUGAAGCCAAAAAGCAACAGAAGUCUGACAGUGAGGAAAAAUCAGACAGUGAGAAAAAGGAAGAUGAGGAGGGAAAAGUAGGACCAGGAAAUAAUGGGACAGAAGGUUCAGGUGGAGAACGACAUUCAGACACGGACAGUGACAGGAGGGAAGAUGACCGAUCCCAACACAGUAGUGGAAAUGGAAAUGAUUUUGAAAUGAUCACAAAAGAGGAACUGGAACAGCAAACAGAUGGGGAUUGUGAAGAGGAGGAGGAGGAAGAGGGAAACGAUGGAGAAACAACUAAACCGUCACAUGAAAAAUCAUAAACUUAAUAUAAUUUUGGGACUCAAUAAGUACAAAAAGUUGGAUUUUCUGUGUUGGCUGAUCAUCACAAUGUACGUGUGGUAUUUGUAGCAUCCUUUAAAUCCAUUUGCUAAAAUGAAUUUGACAUCCACAGAGUUGUAUUCAGUCCUUUAUAUUACAGACUAUUGCUGGGACAGUCUAAAGCCACAAAAGCCUAAGUUUUAUCCAUUUGAUAAUAAUUUUACAGUAAGCAGGUCUAAUUACUUUUAAUAGUUAUCAAAGACUCAGUUUCCACAAUGACAUUUUUGAUAGCUGUAUGGCUUUUUACUGUAAGACUAAUCAGAAUAAAAAGAAUAAAAGACCAACAUUUCAGAUUAUGCAUACUUAUUAUAGCUAUUUCACUGUUUCUUUAAGAUGAAAUACAUAAACUCAAUUGUUCUCUCAUUAAUUAAACUUUUGUUUUUAAUUUUAUGAAAGUAACCAGGAAAUUUCAUUUUAAUAUUCUGACUUAGCAGUGUUCAAAAGCAUUUUGUGGAAAUAUGCCAAAUAGUAAUAAUCCAGCAAUACUUUUAGUUUAGCUACAAAUUCUCCUUUUCCAACUUAGGAAAUCUAAACUGGUUUGUACAUUGGAUUUAGAGAAAGAUGGUCAUCUCCAGCAGAAAACAUGAUGGCUCUUCCCCUCCUUCCCUGUUUCCUUGUCAUAGAAUAAAAUGUAUUCUGUAUAUAAUUUACAAAUAAACAUUUUAUUUUAAUUGCUACUCAUUAUUUAGACAUUUUCUCAACACUUAAAUUUGUAAAAUUAAAACCACAUAAAGGUAUGUUUUUAGAGAAAUGCAAGUUUCAAUAACCCAUAGAACAUCUGUGAUCAAUCUUUCUACAGCAGCUUCAGUUUUGUGCCAACAUUCCAUGUAUUUGAAUGAGUGAAAACUGAUCUUUAUUAAGUAAGAACAGACUUAAAGUAGCUGUUUGUAUGCCUUAAUGUUCAUUUUGAUUUAUUUUAAAUCUCUACAUUCAGAAAUGGAGUACUGUAUUAUCAGACCAGGAGGUACUGCUGUGAAAGAUAAUUUACUGUUCUAAAAUACCAAUUUAAAAUAAAGAACAUAAGAGAA